AACUGUAUCUAGCACUGUACAAUCAUGCUCUGGAGCUUCCGUACCUCUUCUUCGAUUCGAGUGUGAAGAUCCUUGACUUGGCGAGAUAACGGACACAGCACGCUGUGACUUACAGAUCGAGGCAGGUCGAAUGGCAUUGUUCAUACCGGCAUUUGAUUGCUCCGAAGAUGACACCCCGCCACCAUCUUCAUGCCCGAUCAGAGGCAACGCAAGGGUUUCUUCCUUCCCCUCUUUAUCUCCACCGAUCCAUGAAGUUCACGAAGACGGGACAGCUGCGAUCACUGCUCGUGAGUUUGGCAGCGUGCCCCCUCGGCCUGGCUGUGGAUGGUGGUGAGAGGCGUAGGGCCUACAGGAAGGUCGUGAAGCUCGAACAAGGGCCUCGAGGUGGCUGCUUAUCUUUAGCCCAGCUGGACAUGAAUUGGGCCAUUGCUCAAGAGUACGAGGGCACAGCAAGAAUUCUCUGCUGUGGGGGACAAGCGCCCUUCCAAAGUUGGCUUGGCGAGGCAAUUGCGCUCACCGCUGUGACAGGGAAGUCUUGGUUCCGAUCACCCGCAUUUCGAGGGCGCCAAGCCACGCAAGCCAGGCGCGGUGUGGGGCGAGGUCUUGGCAGCUGGCAGUCAGCACCAGCGCUGGGCUGGGGCUUGCGUGAAGGUCUCGAGGUGAGGAAUAUUAGCAGCCACAGAGGACAUUCGCAAGGGUCAUCAAGCCCGGAAGCAUCUUCUUAUCUCUCUGAAGCAAUUGCCGGCCGACAGGCACACCAGGAUCUUCCUGACCAGACCCAAGAGGAACUAGCAGCCUCAAGGUUGCUAGCACUUCUUCCCCUCGCCACUCUUAUCGGACAAAGUGGUUCACCGUUCAGAGUGCGACGAGACCUUGGUGUGCUCGGGCAAAACCAACUUCAACGGCAUCUGCCGACAGUGCGAGGCUUUCGAUGCUAAGGUCCAUCGCGUCCGACUUCAUUGCUUACUUCUCCUGCCAAAUUGACUCUGUCUCUUCACUUUCCCAGAAUCAAAUGACUUUACCACCAUUGAAAGGUGUGCUAGGAGGAUGACCAGGCGAGAUCCAAGGCGCGGCUACCCACCGGAGGCGUACGAACUGCGUGUAGCAAGGGCUGCGAUCAUAAGCAUUCACUACAGUAAUGUUGACGCCGAUCAUCGACUACAACCUCUGCACAACCUGAUCUGCUUCAUCUCGCUACCAUCUUUCAAAACGAGAAGUUCAAGCAUUGCACACCGAUGAGAAGCUUACUCUCCUCUGCACAACGGUGACAAGCUUACUCUCCUAUCGGGGGAGCGCGGAGGUCCACCACCGGAGUCAUGGGCGGGGAGCACCCCACCACC